AUAAUAUUGCUCCGCUUGCCCACACACAACAUGGCGGCUCUUCCGGAGGCGGCCGGAGGGUAGGGGUGGGUCAGACUGCAAAGCUACCGGAGGCCGCGGAUAUACGGGGCCAGGCGGGUCCGGAUCUGCAGCAGGCGAGGGCCAGUGUUUGCUCGUACCGGUAUAAUGCUGUGCGGAUAGACGGGCAGCCCGGCUGGAGGUAACCAUGAUCCCCAAGGCCAGCCUUUCCAUAUGGGGAUGGGGAAGUCUCGGCGGCGUUCUCUUCCUGAUCACGUUUGGACCUUUUGCUAUAAUUUAUUUAGCCUUUUACAUCCUCUGCUUUGUGGGUGGGGGUUUUGUAGUCACACUUCUGUUUGGAAAGUUAAACUCUGAAAAGUACCUUGAGAGGUGUGAACACUCCUUUCUGCCAUCAACAUCUGCUGGAAUCCCAAAGGUCUUGGAGGAUAUGAAACGUGAAGCCAGACCCAUUAAGAUUGACAGAAGAGUGACGGGGGCCAAUAUGAUAGACGAGCCCUUGCAGCAAGUAAUACAGUUUUCCUUGAGGGACUACGUCCAAUACUGGUAUUACACGCUCAGUGAGGAUGAAUCAUUUCUUCUUCAAAUCAGGCAGACAGUUCAAAAUGCACUUGUUCAGUUUUCCACCCGGUCGAAAGAAGUCGACUGGCAGCCUUACUUUACCACCCGGUUAGUAGAUGAUUUUGCCACUCACCUCCGAGCAUUUAGAAAAGCUCAGCAAAGAAUGGCAGAGAAAGAAGAACAAAAGAAAGGUGCAGACACAGCAGAUGAUUUUGUAGAUACUUUUUUUGAGGUUGAAGUUGAAAUGGAGAAAAUAGUCUGCCGUGACCUCGUCUGCACUUCUUCCAAAGAUGAGGAAGGGUUCCUGAAGGAUUUAUGUGAAGUUUUACUGUAUUUAUUGCUACCUCCUGGAGACUUCCAGAAUAAGAUCAUGCGAUACUUUGUGAGGGAAAUCCUUUCACGAGGAAUUAUUCUUCCUUUAAUAAACCAGCUCAGUGAUCCUGAUUAUAUUAAUCAAUAUAUCAUUUGGAUGAUUCGUGAUUCCAAUUGCAAUUAUGAGGCCUUCAUGAAUGUUAUUAAGUUAAGUGACAAUGUUGGAGAGUUGGAAGCUGUGAGGGACGAAGCUGUAGAAGAAUUACAGUAUCUUCGUUCGUUAGAUACCGUAGGAGAUGAUAUCAACACUAUAAAAAACCAGAUAAACAGUUUACUGUUUGUAAAGAAAGUAUGUGAAACCAGAAUACAGAGAUUGCAGUCUGGAAAAGAAAUUGAUACUGUGAAGUUGGCUGCAAACUUUGGAAAACUUUGCACAGUCCCCCUGGACAAAAUUCUUGUACACAAUGUUGCACUACAGUUUUUUAUGGAUUUUAUGCAGCAGACCGGAGGACAGGCACACCUCUUCUUCUGGCUUACGGUGGAAGGAUACAGGGUAACUGCACAGCAACAGCUGGAGGUGUUACGGAGCCACCAAAGGGAUGGGAAACAUCAAACCAACCAAACUAUGGGCCUUUUAGGAGCCGCUGCUGUUGGAGUAUUUGACCAGUACUUAUCAGAAAAGGCAUCGCCUAGAGUUCAGAUUGAUGACAACUUGCUAGCAAAGUUGGAUUACGUGGUGUCCAAUGAGGAGCCAACACCUGAGAUCUUUGAUGAGGUCCAGAGAAAGGUGUACGACAUCAUGCUGCGGGAUGAACGGUUUUAUCCCUCCUUCCGCCACAAUACUCUGUAUGUGCGGAUGCUGGCAGAGCUGGACAUGCUGAAAGAGCCCAGCUUUAAAGGAUCUGAUGAUGGCGAUGGAGAAUCUUUUAACGGAUCGCCAACGGGCAGCUUAAAUUUGUCUCUUGACGACCUGUCAAAUGUCAGCGCUGAUGAGAUGGUACAAAUUCAUGCUUAUAUUUCUGACACUGUUCAUGUUGACUGUGACCCAUAUGCUGUGGCAGGAGUUUGUAAUGAACAUGGCAAAACCUAUGCACUGUAUGCCAUCACCGUCCAGCGGCGAGGCUUAGAUGGCAUUGAAGAAAUGUGGAAAACCUAUCGCCGUUACAGCGACUUCCAUGACUUCCACAUGAGGAUCACUGAACAGUUUGAAAACCUCGCCAGCCUCCUGAAGCUGCCGGGAAAAAAGACCUUCAACAACAUGGACAAAGAAUUUUUAGAAAAGAGAAAAACAGAUCUGAAUUCUUACUUACAGUUGUUAAUGACGUCUGAGUUGCUGAAGGCCUGUCCAUCUCUUGCCCAUUGCGUAUUUGACUUUCUUGAGAACAAAGCCUACAAUAAAGGAAAGGGGGACUUUGCACGUAAGAUGGAUACAUUUGUAAAUCCACUGCGCAAUUCAAUGAGAAACGUUUCCAACGCUGUGAAGUCCAUACCAGAUAGCUUGGCUGAAGGGAUGAAUAACAUGGGUAAAAUGUCAGAAAGAUUUGGGCAAGAUCUAAAGCAAUCCUUGUUUAAGGCUCCAAUUCUUGUACCAAAACCUGGUUCAGAUCCAGAACACUGUCGGGUGUCGGCCCAAUUGGAUGACAAUGUUGAUGACAAUAUUCCGCUACGAGUGAUGCUUCUGCUCAUGGACGAAGUCUUUGACCUAAAAGAAAGAAAUCAAUGGUUGAGAAGACAAAUUACCAGCCUCCUUCAACAGCUCAUUAGAGCAACAUAUGGAGACACAAUUAACAGGAAAAUUGUUGAUCAUGUGGAAUCAAUGACGUCGCCUGACCAAGUAGCAGAUUAUGUAAAACAUUUCAGAGACUCAUUUUGGCCAAAUGGAAUCUUAGCAGAGACAACUCCACGCAGAGACCGCAGUAUGCGGAUGCGUACAAGAGUCGCAGCAAAAACAAAACUGAUAGAAAUUAUGCCAGAUGAACUGAAGCACAUAAUCGGUGCAGAAACGACUCGGAAGGGCAUCCUUCGAGUCUUUGAAAUGUUUCAGCAGACCCAACUGAACAGGAGACUUGCCUAUGUUUUUUUAGAGGGGUUUCUGGAAACCUUAUUUUCACAGUGUAAGUUCCACGAGCUUUUUAAUAAACUGCAUUCCAAAUCAGAACGAAUGCGGAAAUACAAACAGAGACAGCAAUCUUCUCAUGCACCUGCCUUACAGAAAAGGUGACACUCCAACCCGUCAUGUUGUUGCCCUCAAAGACGCUGUAGUGUUUUAUCCAGGAAUUACUGAACAACGGUUUGGGCAUCCUUUCUGGGACUCGAUAACACCUGUUGGUGUUUCUGCACCUUUCACAUUGUGUCAUAUAGAAUAACAAUGCAUCCAUAGGCUGCGUGGCUACAUUCAUCCUACCUAUUGUACAACCAUUCAUCCAUUGGGAUUGUAUAUGUCUUAACUUGGUGCAUCCUCAACACCUAAAAGAAAGCAGAACCAGAUCAGAUACCUUGUUGGACUCGGAUGGAGAAAAGCAUUAUGGGAGCAAAGUGAUCCUGAAGUUGGAGUGACAGAUUGUAUUUUUCUACUUAAAGUUUAAGCACAAAUGCAUUGCUAUGCUGGAGGAUGAAGCUGGGAGAUGAACUGAUUGCGUGUGAGCAAAGCUUGGAUAGGUCAGGAUAAAUAUUGCCAUGUAGCAGAUGACCUAUAGGGGGGAUUUCAGUGGUUAAUAAAGGAAAAUGCCUGAGUGCUAAUUGGUUCAGCAGGCUCUGCCUGUUCGUUAUCGCGGAACUUAUAAAUGAUCAAUAGUGUGUGAAUAUUUUAUGGGACAAACUCAUUGGUUUAUACGUUCAUAUGUUUUCCUUUUGUGUGUUUUUCUUUUGAGUUUUCCUCGUUUUUUUUCCAUUCACAAUCGAGUGUUGACCGUGUCUGUCUGACCCUAUGUUGCCAGUUUGACAUAGACUUUAAGUGACCAUCUACUGAAAUAAUUUAUUUCAUCUGAAAUCAUUGCACAGUAUCAAAGUCCUCCAUGCAGACCCUUUUGUAUAAUGCUGAGUGAGUUCACGGCGUGAAAUCCUGUGGCCAGCUACAUGUGUAUUAAUCCACAGUAUUGACGUAUGCUGUUUCCCAACACAUCAGCGUAACUGAGGAACGUGGUUUGUGGUCGCUGUGUGAGCACAGAGGCAAGGCCAAUCAGAGUUGCACCUUAUUUUAUUAUUUUGAAAUUAUUACUCUGUAUUGGAAAUCAAGAGGAGGGGGUCACAUUUUUUCACUUUUAAAGGUAGUUGACAGAUUUCUAGAUCGUCAUUGCAUCUGGAAAUUCAGGUCUUAUAAAUUUAAACCAAAAAGAAAAAAUAAAGGAAUAAAUCAUGUUUUACAUUUUUCAUACAGUAUACUUAUAUGAUCUGAGAUUUAAAAAUGGGAUGUUUCUUAUUUGUUGCUGAAUUAUAAAGCUAGGGCUAAAGAUAAUCACGUGAUAGACACUAUUCUCUGUUUUCAGUAAUGGGCUGGAGUAACCUUGUGCUGCCUGCAGGUAGCACAUUAUACCGUUAUCACCGUCAAUAACGUAUUCAAAGACCACAAAAAAAUGUAUGACUCCGAAGACCCCAUAAAAUAGUGCCACACAAGGCCUCGUCAGCUAUAGCACUUCUAGGGGUAGACUUAUCAAAUCUUGGAGAGAGAUAAAGUGAAGAGGCUGUUCAUGCCAGCUAAUCAGCUUCUAACUGUCAUUUUACAGGCUGUGCUAGAAAAAUGACAGUGAGAAGCUCAUUGCAAAUAACUGGAAGCGGUUACGUGUCCGGCACACGGGAUCCCGAAGACUGACAAUGCCGCCAGCCAUAAUACCGGCUUACAGUGGCUAUUCCCACUCGACACCCAUAUAGUGGCUAUAGAACCUGUGGCGAGCAAAGUGAGCCACCGAGCCCGCAGCAUGGUGAGAGCAGCGAGCCCACAAGGGGCUUUGUUGCGCUCGCUCCCCCUUCUGGCCUACUGGCGGCCGGGAUCCCAGGGUCGAUAUGCUGGCCACCGGGAUCCCGUGAGCCAGACACGUUAUCCCAAACCGAAACAAUAACUGCUCUACUUUAUUCUUUUCUAGAUUUGAUAGAUCCCCGUUUUAGUUUCAAUAAGAGCUUUAGAAACAGGCAUAUGUUAGUUUUAACCAGAAAGAGUGACGCAUAUUUUUGAGCAAUCUUUUCCUUUUUCAAUGCAUCUUAGACUUUUAGAACACUUUGGUCAGGACACUUUUCCUUAUUAGAGCAUUUUAUGCUUGACAUGCACAAUGUGUAGCAGUCUUUUACCCCAGCAGCACCUAUAGUAUACAUUAGGGAUCCACUGCGUUCCCCUAAAGCUGUUAUGCUGGCUCUCCUGGCCGGCGAGCAAUCCUUUCAGUACACUCCUCCAUACCCUGGUUUUACUAUUUAUAUUAUUUAUCUGACUCCGUUCAUAGAUAAAUCAUGGUGACUUUUGUGUAUAUGUAUGGCCAUUGCACAUUCAUGAUCAUAGUGGCAUUCUAUGUUUUACAUGUGGAAGUUCUGCUAAGAAUUUUAAGUAAAAUUAUAUAUAUAUAUUUUUUUAACCCUUAAUUAGGUUUUUGAUUAUUUAGCAAACCUGCUGAGUGCUGCUCAAUAUCUGCUGUACCAGACUGUGAAGUGGUUCAUAAUCUAAAUCUGCAAUUUUUCCACUGUUUCCGCAUAAAAUCCUGCAUACUGAUUGUGCACGAUGGUAUAGAAUGGCAGGACAGUUCCGUUCAGCAUAGGGUGCUUUGUCUAGUUGCUGGAAAGUUAUUGUGCCAUUACCCAAAACAAAUGCAAUUGUUUUAGCCUUAAUAGUUUUUUGUUUAAAUAACUUUAAAAUUAAUUUUGUUUGACUCGUUUCCAAGUGUUACGCUGAUGGUGUUAGAUAAAAUGUAACAUUUAUGAUGCUGUAAGAAUAUGUACAGUCAUUUACAGUCUUUUUUUUCUUUUUCUCUACUUGUGCAAUAUUGUCAUUCAUAUCGGUGGUUUCACUUUCCCAGUUUGAGAACGGAUACAUUAGCUGUUAACCUUAAAAAUAAAUCCACUUCUAUGGAACACCCCGGCAGCUUUCAGUGAUCCCUCACCUCAUCCAGAAGGGGAUCAAAAGUUAGGCAAAUACGCCCUUAAUAUUGAGCAUUUCGGUUCAGUUUAGAAAUCCAGCUCAGUCAGUUCCCAACAGUCCAGUCACGUCAGAGCCUAACGAUAUACAUAAACAAACCCGGUUUUGCCCUAUUAAAAAAAAAAAAUUGCUGCUUUUAAAUAUGGCGGCUGAUGCCUAACUUUACGUAUUCUCAGGAGAUAUUUCUACCCUUGAUCUAAUCACCCAUACAGGCAUUUGUUGAAUGAUUUUUUUUUUAUAUGUAAUCACUGUUGGAAACUGCAACUGUUGAUAUUAACACGGCCGUGAUUACGUAUACCCCCAGCUACGCACAGUGAAAGGAGCCUGCUCAUUGCAUAUGGCUUAUAAUAUUGGAGGGUAAUCGUAUCAGUCAUUAGUUCAACUCUAAAUCCUGGAUGAUAGGAUGAUUUGGUGUCCAUGGAAAGUGCUCCAGAAAGCUAUCUUCAAGAAAAACUGCUGCUUUGAUGCAUGAAAUGACUGCAUAAUGUAUUCAUAUUUUAGGAUGGAAAUAGCGAUUCGGUUAUGUUCUCAAAUACAUUCCUUUUGUAGCUGCAUUUGUUUAAAGUGUUCCUACACAGAUAGACGGUGAAGGCAGCCAUUUUGUGGUCUGAACCAAUAGUUUGUUCACUAGGAACUCUGUGAUGUCAACCGGGAACUGAGAGCAUGAAUUUUUAUGAAUAUUGGUGUAGGCCACAAAAUAGCUGCCUGCACCCUGUGUAGGUGAUGGGGACGCUUUAAGGACUUGUUUUAUAAGUCCUAUACUUAACUUAAGUUCUCUUGCAGAGUUGGUCCUACUAUCCCUUGCAAAUAUUUAUAAAGGGUUUGUUAUGGACUGUUCGGAUAUGAAUUGUGCAUAUCAUUGUACAGUGAAUUGUAGUUAUGUGCCUAUUUGUUUUAUCAAUGCUGUUUUCUCUUUUUUAUUAUCUUUUUCUUUCUUUUUUUUAAAGUUUGAGCAGAGAGCAAAAUAGUCACAUUUUUAUUCCAUGUCCAUUAUGUUUUGUCCAACUGAGAAGCUGAAAUACUGAUAACACUAAUAAAGUAUUAACAUAAAACUC